AAAAAAAAAAAAAUACUAGGCCCUAGCACACACAGUAGCUCCAACAUAUAUAUAAAGAGUCCAAUAUCAGCAACACAGAGAUUCCAGGAAAACACAAACAAAAGAAAAAUCCAAAAUCUUCUCUCCUUGUCGAAAACCAAGAAACUUCCAAGAUCUGGUGAAAACCAUGGAAGAAGAAGACUUUUUCAAUUGCUACUUCAGCCGGAAUAAUAGUGGCAUAACCAUGAAUAAGAAGAAGAUGAAGAAGAGCAAUAAUCAGAAGAGGUUUAGUGAGGAACAGAUCAAGUCACUUGAGGUUAUAUUCGAGUCCGAAACGAGGCUCGAGCCAAGGAGGAAGGUGCAGUUAGCUCGAGAGCUAGGGCUGCAACCAAGACAAGUAGCUAUAUGGUUCCAGAACAAGAGGGCUCGUUGGAAAUCUAAGCAGCUUGAGAAAGAGUAUAACAUUCUUAGAGCCAAUUACAAUAAUUUGGCUUCACAAUUUGAAAUCACGAAGAAAGAAAAGCAAGCUCUGGUCUCUGAGUAUUUGCAGUUGCAGAGACUAAAUGAAGAGAUGCAAAAGUCUAAAGAAGAAAGGCAUCAUCAUGAGUGUUAUGGUGAACAAGGAGUGGCUCUAAGCAGCAGUACAGAGCCAGAUAAUGGAAAGUGUGAGCUAGAAGUUAGGCUAAAUCAAGGGAUUGUUCUGUGUGAUGACGACAUUAAGACAGAGCACUUUAGAUAUGAGGAGGGGACAAAUCAUGAGCUCAUGAACAUUGUGGAGCAAGCUGAGGGUAGUUGUUUGACUUCAUCUGAUAAUUGGGGAGGUUUCACUUCUGAUUCUCUCUUAGACCAAUCUAGCAGCACUUACCCUUGGUGGGAUUUUUGGUCAUAAAAAGAUUACAUGAAUGAAGAGAAAGAGUGUGUAUAUUUUUGUAAAUUGUGUGUUAGGAAAAAAUAAAAUCUCAUGUUAUGUAUACGGUAUGUCAUAGUUGAUUUUAGUACUCUCAUUGUAACUAAGCAAAAACAGAGAAGUUUAGCCACAAAUAGAAACGAUAUCGUUCUUGAAGUAUUUCUCAUUCAGCUCCAUGUUCUUAAGCUACAAGAGUGCUGGCUGUAGAGUGUAGACUCCCUGCAAGCGUCAGGACCGA